UUACAUAACCUCAUUUACACUAGUGUCAUUGUGGUUUUGUUGUUGUUGUUAUUGUUGCUCUAAUAGGGCUCCCGGGGCUUCGAUAAGUUUGUUUUCAUUUGCUGGCCUGCACUUGAAUUUCUAGUUAAUUCCCUCCUUAAGUGUUUUUAUAAUUAGACGUGAUGCGACUGUUUGCCGCCCUGUUCCGCCGCAAACACAUGCCCCCGGGACACAUAUGGCGCGGCAAAAUCCGCCUAUCCAAAGAGGUGACCCUAAAGCACCUUCAGGACCUCAAAGACAAAUUCGAAAUCGAAGAACAGAACAUGUUUUACCUAAGAAACGCUUAUUUAACCCCGGAACAAUCGUUUGGCCACGCGAGAGCUCUGGGCAAAAACCAGGAGAGAUACGUGGCCACUAUGACCAAACGAAAGGAGUAUUACGAUAAUGUGACCAUCGAGUCACGAUUGGCACAUUUGAGGGUCAACGAACCAUGGGAUGUUUAAGAAUUGUGGGUGUAGUUGGUUAUUAAAAUAUACAUUAGUUUGA